CCACAGGACACAGUGUUUUCCUGGUUGGUCUUGUGGCUGCGUUGGGAGGAGUCACACACAGACCUGGCAACACACCGACAGUCGCUUUGUUAACGCUUCAUUGAGCCAAGAUGGCAGAUUUCGACGAGCUCAGCAAUGAAGAGAAGGUGCGUAUCGCAGCUAAUUUUGUGAUGCACUCUCCUCCCGGAGAGUUCAAUGAAGUCUUCAAUGAUGUGCGAAUACUGCUCAACAAUGAUAAUCUUCUUAGAGAGGGCGCGGCUCAUGCCUUCGCCCAGUACAACAUGGAUCAGUUCACCCUUGCCAAAAUUGAUGGAUAUGAAGAUCAGGUCCUGAUAACGGAGCAUGGAGACCUGGGUAACGGCCGCUUCUUUGACCCUCACAACAAGAUCUCCUUCAAGUUUGACCACCUGAGAAAGGAAGCCAGCGACCCCCAGCCCCAUGAGGGCGAGGCGGCCCUCAGGUCUUGGAGAGACGCCUGCGAUUCUGCCCUGAGAGCCUACGUCAAGGAGCACUACCCCAGUGGAGUUUGCACCGUUUAUGGGAAAACAAUCGAUGGCCAGCAGACCAUUAUCGCUUGCAUCGAGGGUCAUCAGUUUGAGCCUAAAAACUUCUGGAACGGUCGCUGCCGAUCUGAAUGGAAGUUCAGUGUCUCGCAAUCUACAGCGCAGGUGGUUGGAGUCUUGAAAAUACAGGUGCAUUAUUAUGAGGAUGGAAACGUGCAGCUGGUCAGCCAUAAAGAUAUACAGGAAGCACUGACUGUUUCUAAUGAGAGCCAGACUGCAAAGGAGCUUGUGAAAAUCGUUGAGGAUGCAGAGAAUGAAUACCAGGUGGCCAUCAGUGAGAACUAUCAGACCAUGUCGGACACCACGUUCAAAGCCUUACGCAGACAGCUCCCAGUCACCCGCACCAAGAUUGACUGGAACAAGAUCCUCAGCUACAAGAUUGGCAAGGAGAUGCAGAGUGCUUAGAGGACCGAGGCUGUUUGGGUUUAUGAAAAAUUGGGGAGAAGCUGAUGCUCGCGCAAACAUGUGUGACGCAAUGUUACGUACUGUAUGUCCUGCUAAAAGAGACAUUUGUUUGGGGUUUUUAUAAGAGAAUGACAGCUUCCGUUAUGCACUACGAGGGGAUUGCCUUCAUUUUACAGUGACAUUGAGUGAUGUAACUGUCUCUCAUUUGCAAACAUAUUAUUUUUUAACAAAUAAUGCCUUUAGUAACACUGUGAAAGUUUGGGUUAUUCCCUGUCACUGUUAAACACACACAGUUUCUGAUCCCUCAGUGCUUCAAAAUGGACACAUUCUCCCAAAACCCCUCGACUUUUAUGUAGCAACUAAUUUACACUCCCUAUAUAACAUAACUGAUCUUCUUCAAGAGCUUCCAAUACCUUCCUAUAGUAUAGUUUUUUAUUAACAGAGGGUAAAUACUGUAUGCAAUUCGAUAUAUUAACUGAGAGACACUUGACGGCACCAAAUUACACAGUUUUAGUCUGAGAUCCCAUCAGUUUAUACUGUAUGUAUGCAUCCCUCUGGACGCAUGGUUGUAGCCAAAGCAUAAAUAUUAUUUUUCUUUUCCCAUUCACUGACCGUAUUUUGUCUUCGCCCUUGAAACUCUUUCAGUUCUCUUUGUUAUUGAGAGACAUUUUCGGUGAUAAUCCCUCUAUAACCCCCCCGGACUGAUAAAGUAUUGGUGUCCUCCUGCCAGCUGUUUGCCUUUAGCUUUUGCUAUAUUUUUAUACAAACUGUAAGUACAUUUAUUAUUCAUGAAAUAAAAAUAUGAUCUUCAAGCAAUUUGUGUUUUACAUCAUGUGUGGAGUUUAGAGAGCCUGGGCACCAAAUGUUCACGCUCUAACAUAUCUCUUUUUUUGGACUAAAUUUGACUUGUUUUGGGCAAAAAAACAAAAUUGACUGAAAUGUAAAUGUAUUCCCCACUAGACUUACAUACCUAACACCAGGUAAUUAAAAAUGAAGAUGAAUAAAUAACUGAAUAUAAUAGAAGCUCUAACUGAGUUUGGUUGGCAGCUUGUGAGAGUUUUCUUAGGUGGGUGGGGUUGUGCUGGGGGAAUUUGGACUAAUAAUCUCAGUAUUUUUAAAGUCCUGAAAUAUAUUUUGCUGUGUUGUUUGGCAGUGGCAUUAUUAAAAUAUGUAAAUUCAUCUGUGCAGACCAAAUUUCAUUGAGAUUUACUUGAAGCAUACACAGUAUGUGACUGAACACUGUGCAUUAUGAAUAUAACAUCUGUCCUGGUUUUAAGUUUCAUGUCCAUAACCAAGUAUGUAUUCUGCUGUUUCUAUGUGCACUGUGGACUUUGUGUGUCAGCACUUAGGUAGUUAAUAUUGUCAACUUCUAUCCCUAUUUAAUUUUAAUUGCAGCUGAAACAAUUAGAUUUAACAAUUGAUUUAUUGAUUAGUUGAUACAAGAGAAACAUAUUAUGCAUUAAUAUGAUCAUUUAUCAAGCAAAACAUCCAAAUUUUCAAAUGUGAAGAUUUAGCCUGCUGCUUUUCUGUGUGCAGAAAUACUGUGUGUGUCACUAGAAACUGAAUUUGAAUCCUUUAUAUUUCAAUUUGAAUAGCUCAACUUGAAUAAUUGCAUUGAAAAACUGAAUCUGAACAGCAUAAUUUGAAAUUGAACGUAUUAGUUUGGAACUGAAUUCCAAUAAACUUGAAACUGAAUGCAA